AAGUCUUUGUGGCCUAUAAAAAGGAAAAAACUGAGUCUGGAAAAGCCCUGACUGAGCAAAGCGAGAAACUCCAGGAUCAAGUGACUGAACUCCGCUCUGAAAACACCAAGAUCUCCACACAGCUGGAGUUCACCUCCAAACGGUAUGAGAUGCUCCAGGAUAACGUGGAGGGCUACCGUAAGGAGAUUGCCUCUCUGAAUGAGAAGAGUCAGAAACAGGCUGCAGCAAUUCAGCAGAGUGAACAGACCAUACACACCCUCAACCAGGACCUCCGAGCAGCAGCUGAGAAACUCUCCAUUGCUGAGUCUGAAGCAGAGAACCUGCAUAAAGAGAGAGACAUGUUGAAGAUGGUGGAGAUCAGACUGACCCAGGAGAAAGAGUCCUUCCAGGCCCAACAGCUUGGCCAAAACAUGCUGCUGACCAACCUCAAAUCAAUACAG